CCUCCAUUUUUGUCUCUCUAUUCUUCAAUUCCCUUCCCUUUUGUCUUCUUCUUACUCAUUUCUUCUUUGUCUCUCAAACUCGAAACACGACCGCCAGUUAACAAAAUCGAGGGGUGAAGAAGCUAUAAAAGAGUGGAUAUUGUUAGUGGUGUGUUAAUAUUGUGGAUCAAUGGAGUCAUGUGUCCCACCCGGGUUCCGGUUCCACCCGACUGACGAAGAGCUUGUCGGCUACUAUCUGAGGAAGAAAAUUGCAUCGAAGAAGAUCGAUCUCGAUGUUAUAAGAGACAUCGAUCUGUAUAGGAUCGAACCAUGGGACCUUCAAGAGAGGUGUCGGAUCGGGUACGAGGAGCAAAACGAGUGGUAUUUUUUCAGCCACAAGGACAAGAAGUAUCCGACAGGGACGAGGACUAAUAGAGCGACUGUCGCCGGUUUCUGGAAAGCAACGGGACGGGACAAGGCAGUUUACGAUAAAUCGAGGUUGAUUGGGAUGAGGAAGACCUUGGUUUUCUACAAAGGAAGGGCUCCGACGGGGCAAAAAACAGAUUGGAUCAUACAUGAAUAUAGGCUCGAAUCCGAUGAGAAUGGCCCUCCCCGGGAGGAAGGAUGGGUGGUUUGUCGAGCAUUUAAGAAGAGAACUAGUAGCCAAAACAAGACCAUACAAGGGUGGGACACUACCAUUUUCCAGGAUGAACGAAGUGGGAUUACCAGUUCCGCCAUUUUUGAUCCACUAGCUGACAUUUCAAGACAAACCCAGAAUUUUAAACAAGAGAUUAUAGAGGCAAACAAUUUGAACUUUAUCGAUCACUAUGAUCAGUUCCUACAGCUUCCUCAACUAGAGAGCCCUUCAAUGCCAUUAAUAAAGAAGCUGCCAAACACUAAGGAAGUGACUGAUUGGAGAGACCUCGACAAGUUUGUAGCUUCUCAGCUGAGUCAAGAGAUUAGAUACGGUGGUGGUGAUGAAGGUGGUUCGAGCUUUGGAGCUGAUACAAAUGGUGAAAUAUCAGAUAUGGCGGUGCUGUUGUUGCAGUGUAGUAAUAAUGGUGGAGAUGAAGAAGGGAAUAAGUUGAAUGAGUUAUUGAGUUCAGAUAUUGGAAUCUGCUUAUUUGAUAACUGAAAGUGCUUAUAUUGGUUUUAGUAUAUUAUAAAUCUUGAUGGGUAAUGAUACAUUUUUAAAAUUUUGUAAAAAUUUGGUUGUGAAAUUAGUAGUCCAUUCAAUUAUUUUUGUCGGCUUUUAAACUA